AAUAUAUAGAUAUAAAAACCGGAAUGCUUAGGGUUAAUGAAUUCAAAGCAUAUGAGUUCGAGUCAUUAAAUUAAAAUUGUACAGCAAGCGAUUUCUUCGUGAUUGCUUCCAUUGGAUUUUAAAUGACUGGAUAAAGUCAGCUACGUUAACCUUGGUUUGGUAACGAAUAUAAAAGCAGAAUCCUAAAACCCAGGGAAUCGUCUAGACUAAUAUAUUAAUAUAUUUUGUUACAAUUUGCGUUUUUUUUUAUUAAAUCUAUACAAUCACAUAGUAAAACUAACUGCAACUAACGUACAAUUAAAAAGCGGAACGUCCCAAACAAUUUAAAACAAUUUUAUAACAUGAUUUUACUCCACAACAUCAGUCGAGUUUUUGAAACAACUUCAUUUUGUGAGCUGAUGUGAUGUUUUUGUCCCAGAACGAGGCAGAUAAUACAUUCUAUAUGAUGAUGAGUGAGUGGAGUCCUGUGGCGACGGUUUAUGACCCUCUCAAAGCGGGCAGCAUCGAUGGCACAGAUGUGGAGCCCCACGACAAAGCCGUCUGGAGGGCCAUGAUGGCCCGCUACAAGCCUAACAAGGGUGUGACUGGUGACCCUCACCUGACACUGUUCGUGGCGCGCCUGAAUCCACAGACGUCUGAGGACAAGCUCCAGGAAGUCUUCUCCAAGUUUGGAGACAUCCGCAGGGUCCGUCUGGUCCGGGACAUCGUGACAGGUUUCUCCAAGUGUUAUGCCUUCAUCGAGUACAAGGAGGAGCGUUCGGUGAAGAGAGCCUGGAGAGACGCUAACAAGCUGGUGGUGGACCAAUACGAGCUCUUUGUGGACUUUGAACAAGAGCGGACGCUCCAAGGCUGGAUUCCAAGGCGACUUGGAGGAGGCCAAGGGGGCAAAAAGGAAUCGGGUCAGCUGAGGUUCGGAGGCAGGGAUAGACCUUUCCGAAAGCCCAUCAAUCUGACAUCCAUGAUGCCCCAGAACAGAUCAGCGGAUAGAUGGGAUGCCUCAAGUGCGAGGGAGGAAAGACAAAGAGACCAAGAACAAGAUCGGGAACACGGACGAUGGCGGGAGAGGAAAAGCGACUGGGAUCGAGGGAAUGAUAGAGGUUACUACAAAGAGAAAAGAGACUUGAAACACCACCGGGACCGAAGCCGAGAGAGAGACUCCAACAGAAAGGAAGACAGAAGACACAGAGAUUCUUACAAAGAUCGAGAAUGAAGCUUUGCAUACAAGACUUUCUUGUCUUAUUCUAGAAUUUUUUUUUUUUACACUGAUGUGAAUUUAGUUUGAAAUAAAAGUUUAUCUAAACAAUAAAGCUUGAAGUAGAUAAGAUCAUUUUUCAGCAAGGAUGCAUUCAAUAAAUCAAAAGUGAUGGUAUCGACAUUUCAGAUUAA